UAGCGAUAACGCUAAUCGCCACCACCGCGACCAAUGCGUGUACGGUGUGUUAGACUGGAGGCCGUUAAAGGUACCGGUACCUCAAAUGCUAAUGUGAUUGCUAGCGUGAGUGCGGCGGGAAACACCAAAGGUGGACCGGUCACCACUAGCGGCAGUCUGGCGGCAAAUCUGCACAGACUCGGCGCCUCCAUCAGCAAGGAGCAUAUUCCCGGUUAUGGUACCACACUCACCAAGAGUGCGAGCGCCAGUGUCCUCUUAAAUAAAAACAAUAGUUUGGAUGGGUCGGUUUUCAAGUCGAACUCAAAAUUGGCGAAUGGCAUUGGAUUUGAGAAGAAUGGUUUUGUUCGUUGGCUUUGAGCAAUGCUGCUGGUCAUGGUAUAUCCAUUGCUAAGGGGCCAUCCAUAAAUUACGUCACACGAAUUUAAGGACUUUUUAACCCCUCCCCCUCUCCUUGUCACAAGUUGUCACAUUUUGAACUAGGUCAUCAUUCAUUAAACAAAAAAUAUUUAAAAUGUUGUAAAGCUGAAACUAUAACGCGGGAGACAAUUUUGUAACUUUGAUUAAACUUAUAAUAUACUCGUAAUAUAAAAUAAAGUACGAUUCGCAGAAGA